UCUAAUAAAAAUCGAAAUUAUUUAAUUCAAUAAAGGCAUGGAUAUAACAAAGUUAUGUCGAAGUUGCAUGAAAGAAGUCGCCUCUUGGGAAAAGGAAAAUUUUGAUGUGCGAGUUGUGAAGAUGUUUUGUUUUUGUACAAAUGUUGAGAUUAUUGAAGAAGACAAACUACCUAAGCAAUUCUGCUAUGACUGCGUAAUAAAAAUUGAGUCUUCAUACACAUUUAUUAAGGAAGCUCAAAAUGUUAAUGUUACUUUAAAAAACAUAGCAUCAAGAAGAGAAACAAGCAUUAUUGUCGAGUUGGAAAACUGCAAUAAGCUGACAGAGGUUCCACCAACUCCAAAAAAUCAUCUUAAACUUACGCUGCCUGAUUAUAAACUAUGUAGUACUAUAGAGAACUUUGAUGAACCAAUAUUAUUAAAUAACACAAGUGAAUCUAUAAAUUUUACAAAUGAUAAUAUUCCUAUGGAUCCAAUAACUGAUAUUUCUAUCAACAAUCCAAUUGAUACUAAUGUAAAUUCAACAAAAGAUAUAAAACAAACUGAAAACCUUGCUGUGGAUAACAGAAAUAUGUGUACAAUCUGCAAAAAAAGUUUUUCAUCUAAGGUGUGGUUUGCUAAGCAUAUGGAAAAGGAACAUUCUGGACAAAAGUAUAGCUGUCCACAAUGUAGUAAAACAUUCAGUAGAGCAUCUCAACUAACAUACCAUUCCGCAACCCACUCGGAUGAACGCAAGUUUGGUUGCACUUUGUGCAGUAAGAGGUUCAAGAGACGCAAGCAACUGACUGCACACACACGGUCACAUUCCGAUGAAAGGCCAUACUCUUGUGAUAAAUGUCAAAAGAGGUUCAAACUAAAAAGUAUACUGAAGUGCCAUAUGAAAGUUCAUGAAGGUCGAAAGCAGUACCUGUGCAGUUACUGCGGAUGGGCAUUUGCACAGGCUGGUAACUUGUCAGUGCACGUGAGGCGGCACACGGGAUAUCUACCUCACGCGUGCAGUGAGUGCGGGUACCGAGCUGCGGCGGGAGCUGCGCUGCGCCGACACAAGCGCAAACAUCGGCCAGAAGUACCCGCACCAGCACUGCUCUGUACACAUUGCUCACAGCAGUGCAAGGACUCCAGUGCUCUGGCGCGACACACGCGCACGCACACAGGCGAGCUGCCGUACCAGUGCGGGCGAUGUCCGCGCGCCUUCUCCGACAGCUGGAAACGCAAGACGCAUCUCAUGCGCGCGCAUGGCCUCGCGCUGCACGACAUACCGCGUCUCAGGCGAGAUGGCACCCCGCACCAACCACAACUACCUGCACAUAUCUAGGGACGGCACCUCGCACACACCUAUGGACGGCAC